AUGUUUGGGGAGGGGAGAAAGCUGGGCCUGAAUCACCUGAGAGAUGAGCAGAGGAAACAACAGAAGGAAGAAGGGAGGGGCCUAAUGAGUGAAAGGUGUCCCUUGGCGAACACGAACGUGUUUGCCUCGAACACGUCCGCGUUCGCCUUUCCAAGCAAGGUGUUCGCCUUUCCAAGCAAGGUGUUCGCCUUUCCAAGCAAGGUGUUCGCCUUUCCAAGCAAGGUGUUCGCCUUUCCAAGCAAGGUGUUCGCCUUUCCAAGCAAGGUGUUCGCCUUUCCAAGCAAGGUGUUCGCCUUUCCAAGCAAGGUGUUCGCCUUUCCAAGCAAGGUGUUCGCCUUUCCAAGCAAGGUGUUCGCCUUUCCAAGCAAGGUGUUCGCCUUUCCAAGCAAGGUGUUCGCCUUUCCAAGCAAGGUGUUCGCCUUUCCAAGCAAGGUGUUCGCCUUUCCAAGCAAGGUGUUCGCCUUUCCAAGCAAGGUGUUCGCCUUUCCAAGCAAGGUGUUCGCCUUUCCAAGCAAGGUGUUCGCCUUUCCAAGCAAGGUGUUCGCCUUUCCAAGCAAGGUGUUCGCCUUUCCAAGCAAGGUGUUCGCCUUUCCAAGCAAGGUGUUCGCCUUUCCAAGCAAGGUGUUCGCCUUUCCAAGCAAGGUGUUCGCCUUUCCAAGCAAGGUGUUCGCCUUUCCAAGCAAGGUGUUCGCCUUUCCAAGCAAGGUGUUCGCCUUUCCAAGCAAGGUGUUCGCCUUUCCAAGCAAGGUGUUCGCCUUUCCAAGCAAGGUGUUCGCCUUUCCAAGCAAGGUGUUCGCCUUUCCAAGCAAGGUGUUCGCCUUUCCAAGCAAGGUGUUCGCCUUUCCAAGCAAGGUGUUCGCCUUUCCAAGCAAGGUGUUCGCCUUUCCAAGCAAGGUGUUCGCCUUUCCAAGCAAGGUGUUCGCCUUUCCAAGCAAGGUGUUCGCCUUUCCAAGCAAGGUGUUCGCCUUUCCAAGCAAGGUGUUCGCCUUUCCAAGCAAGGUGUUCGCCUUUCCAAGCAAGGUGUUCGCCUUUCCAAGCAAGGUGUUCGCCUUUCCAAGCAAGGUGUUCGCCUUUCCAAGCAAGGUGUUCGCCUUUCCAAGCAAGGUGUUCGCCUUUCCAAGCAAGGUGUUCGCCUUUCCAAGCAAGGUGUUCGCCUUUCCAAGCAAGGUGUUCGCCUUUCCAAGCAAGGUGUUCGCCUUUCCAAGCAAGGUGUUCGCCUUUCCAAGCAAGGUGUUCGCCUUUCCAAGCAAGGUGUUCGCCUUUCCAAGCAAGGUGUUCGCCUUUCCAAGCAAGGUGUUCGCCUUUCCAAGCAAGGUGUUCGCCUUUCCAAGCAAGGUGUUCGCCUUUCCAAGCAAGGUGUUCGCCUUUCCAAGCAAGGUGUUCGCCUUUCCAAGCAAGGUGUUCGCCUUUCCAAGCAAGGUGUUCGCCUUUCCAAGCAAGGGUGUUCGCCUUUCCAAGCAAGUGACUGGGACGACCACCUCUUAG